GAUUUCCUUGAAACCGAAAGGCAGCAUGACGUCAACUCUCAUUAACACAUUUAUUUCGUACUUUAAAAACCAGCCACUGCUGGGUUUUUGUCCUCAUUCACACAUUCACGCUUCUGACUGUGCGACAACUUUUGAAAAAGGGUUACAGGAAGCAUGCGGGAAACCACUCUGAUGAGAAUAACUAGGUAACCUACAAAAAAAUGACAGACAUUAAUAAAUGACAACUAGGGAAAAUUGGGCUGAAAAUCAGACUAGUUACAAAGGUGGUUGUACGUAUAAGAAGACACUUUUGAUUGGAUGUUUCAUGGACUCAAUAAUGCUGGUUGAAAAAGCACUUAAUACCUAUAAACAAGAAUGAGUAAAAAAUAUAAGAAGCCAUGGGAAAACCAAAUUUAGCUUAAAAGAUUCAUUUGUAGCAUAUUUUAUUGAAUUUAAAUGUAGUUAUUUAAAGGAGCAGUAUUAUGCAUGACACAAAGUGGCAUUUUAUAGAACAAAGAACCGAUAAAAAUACUGUACUGUGUAGAGCAUAACUAAUAAGAAAUUUGACUUUGCAAUUUUACGCCCUGAGCAACGAGGAACCAAGAACAGAACCUCCCGUACAGAAUAUUCAUCUUGUUCACCAGUGCAAAUACUGAUUUCUGAUCAAGAUUAAAUCUAACCUGCAACAUACUGUCAGCAUGUGACUUUAUCUGGCAAAAUAAAUGAACUGCUAUUGAGAAGAGUAGAGAUCAGUAAUUUAGGCAUAACACCAGUUGUGUCAAAUGAGACUAAUAUUUUGAAGCGAGAAAGGGCACGGUUAUUACCACGUCGUGAUGGCUGUUAUCCCGGAAAGGCUGCUUGUUGGGACAGCAUUUCGAGAGAAUGUUGGAAGAAAAAAAGUGUAACAGAGUGACAGACGUUCAGUCUUAUUCAAAUAAAUUAAACUGUGAAUUCCAGUGAGGCUUGUUUGUCUGAUUAAAAGUACAAUUUGAAAACUGCGCAAAUCUUUAACCAGGUAUUAAACAUACUUUUAUGAAGCCCACAUUUCUGUAUUAUAACUGUAUGUUUAUUAGUUUAAUGUAAUAUUCUAAUCCUAAGUGUAAACCCACAGUCAUCAGUCUGUGUGUAAUUAAUCAUUAUAGUGUUAUUGUGUGUUUUACUAGAAUUAAUUUACUGACAUGCAUUAACUUUCAAUAAUAUUCCAAUUUAUUGAAUAUGGCUGUACAAUAGUGUAAUUGCACUCUGUGUGCUAGAGUAAUGAAUAGCAUUAAAGGGUCAUUUCCUCAUUUUGUAAUUUACGCACUUGAGCUGUUCUGGUUCAAAGUCUGAAACAAUGUGAAACAUUUUAUUCUAUAUGUCAUACCAUAAAAAGGGAGCAUUUUCAGUUUUCCUUUCAUGAGAAUUUUAUUUUUAUUAUUUUGCCUGGAUUUUUGUUUCAGGGUCAACAUAACCAUAAUACACAACUGCAUCCAAUAAAAGAGUGACGCUUGGCCCUUGUAAAGCUCAAGAGCGUCUGCACAAAAGUGAUUCAAUUAGAACGUCUCAUUCUUUAAAAUUUAUUUGCUGCUUUUUUUUUUAAUGACGUGAAAAUGUGGCCCAAAGUAAAGUUUUUCUCUUUGACCAACUUUGCUCAGAUCGCCUUAAUGAAAAUAAAACAUUCCAAAAUGUACACAACAUAUUUCAAUGCAGCUGUGUGAAAUAAAAAUUUUCAAAAGUUCAUUUUAAAAACACAAUUAAACAUUAUACUAUUUGUUAUUCGUGUAACAAUUACAUAUGUGUGUUCUUGUAAUAAUAUUUGCUUAUCAUCAACUUUUAGACCCCUUUUUUAUUUCAUAAUUUAUUUCUUUUUCUUUUCUCUUACAAGAAAUGAAAUGCAUCCAGUUUUGCUUUGAAGAUUUUUGAAUGGAGAAUUGUGAGGCAGUGGAGGGUGAAAAUAGCAUCAAAUAAUAUUAUCGCCCUUCCUUUCAGUAUAAAGGUCAAUGGUUAAUACAAGAGUAACUCACAGAUUUGCUAAUGUUAUUUCCAGUUUCACCCUGACAUUCAGGCUCCAAAGGGGGGAUGGUGUGACAGAGCACUUUCAGUUUCAAGAAAUAAACAAAAAAAAAAAAAAAGAUAAGAAAAUCCCUACUUAGGGUAUAAAACCCUUGAGGAUGCCUGAGUUGAGACAGAUACACUCAGAGAAUUCAACUCAAGUCCAGGAUGCCACUCAUGAAGCUCUCCUUCACUCCUGGGCUGUUGCUCCUGGCACUCAGCUGCUCUACAUGGGUGGUCAGCCGGUCACUGCCACUGAUGCCCAGCGGUCAGACGACCGACUCCUGUGUCUUUUAUGCAAGGAUGCUUCUGGAAAACAUCACAAAUCUUCUGGCACCGGACGAUCCGACGAGGAUGUUCAGUGGGAUGAACUGCACCAGGCACAACAUGGAGCUGAACUUGGAGACCAACACGUCUACUGUGUGUUUGCCACAGGGUUCAGUGUGCUCUGGGGAAACUACAUCAGCGUUUGAUCGGAAGUCAUGUUUGACAAACAUCGAGAAGGACCUGAGCUACUACUACCAGGUUCUCUCCAAUCAGCCGGAUUCUGACGGUACUCUUGGUUCUUCUGUUCUCCUCCCCCUCAGAGAGCUCAUGGAGAAUUGCUUCAUCUCAUCUCUACCAACAGACUUGACCUCAAAGGAGGGUUCUGAGGACCAUUCGAGCACCAACGGCUUCAAUCAACGGCAGCGUCUCUGCAAGAUCAUGAAAGGCUUCCACGUCCGCACCAUCACGAUCAACCGAGCCAUUGGCUACAUGAACCUCGGUGAACACACUACCUGAAGCCUCACCGAUCGCUAGAGCAAGAAACAGGCAGCAAGGAACCACUUCUCAAACAGUUAAACUGCACCAUGCUACUUAAAAAAAAAAA